AUGCCUCCGCCCGAGCGCCCUAAUAAUGUAGGACUUUUAUCGCAAAACAGUGCAGCGAGUGCAACAGGCAAGUCAGACUAUCCCUCAGCUCCACCCGUCAUGGUCAUCCGUGAUCUAGCAUCGGAUGUGGGAGUAAAAUCACCCGAUGCCAGCUCGAACGAAUCCGUACUAGAUGGUCUCAUAUCAACCGAUCUAGCAAUCAAUCUCAUGACCAUCUUUCUUGAGCAUUAUGGUCGAUGGGUUCUGUUCGAUCCAGAAAGUGGACCCAAGGCCUUACUGGACAAGGCUAGUCGAUCGCCACUGCUAUUCUCUGCUUGCUGCUUAAUCGCUGUCCGACAUACAACCGAGAGCCUGGCGACGACUCUGGCACCGAAGCUCUACCAAAGCGCUCGAUCCUUGAUCUCAACGGCACUACUUGUAUCACCGCAGCCGAUUGAGUUCUUCCAAGCUGCUAUCGUCCUUUCAUUAUGGUCCACGACGGUGGGCCAGGUUCCGCUGAGUAUCGAUAGCUGGCUACUGAGCGGAUUCGCCUUGCAGCACUGUCAAUCCAGCCAUUUGUUCGACGCAGUCAACACAACUAACGCACAUGUGGAACUCACGAAAACGACUCUUGAUAAUUGGUGUAUUUGGAACCAUCUCUGCCUUGCACAUCUCCAGUAUUGCGUCGGUACAAGCAGAAAGUCCAUGAUACACGCCUCUCAAAUACCGAGAUGUCGAGCAAUUGUUGGCUCUGACCAUGCUACAAACUAUGAGCUGCGGAUGGUAGCCGAGGUCCAUCUCUACUGGACACUGUACGAGCACACAUCAAGCGAAUCAAUAGAUCUCUUGAAGUCCAUAGCCAAGCAACCCCGCGCCCAAUUCCUGCUGAUGGGUUUCCAUUUCGCUCACCUCCUCCUAUACGAUCAAUGCCUCAAAUGUAAGACUGCACGAGCCCGUGAAUCAGUCAUUUCCGAAAUGAUCCGUCAUUCAACAGCAAUCAUUCGCCUUGCGAUGGACACGACAGAUGACCGUACGCGCCAUUUAACCGACCACAUCUACCACAUGAUCACGUUCGCUGCGAUUAUCGUAUGCAGGUUACUGAACGCGUACGAGGAGCAACUAGUACAAAUUUAUAACCUAGACGAACUAGAUUCGUUGAUCCUUAGCCUCGUAAAUUGGAUGCAAACAAUCGGUCUUCCCUGUCACGCAGCGUAUACACUCGGUCAUGUCAUUGGGAUGGUACAUCAGAAAUUGCGUCCAGCGGUUGUGACCCAGCCUCUUGCUACGGAACAAAGUGACGCUUUCUUCACACAGGAUUUGGCAAGCUACUUCCCCGAAUUUCUGGGCGUUGAGACAACAGAGGAUGGGAACUGGGAUUUGUUGCCUAGUUGGGGAUUUUCAAGCCCUCCAUAA